GGGAAAGAGGAAGUGACGUUUACAUCCAUGCCUCGCUUUCGGAAGAAGGAAGGAAAAUGAAGCUGUGGAACGCAAUCCUGGAAGUAUGUGAGAUCCUGAUGGAUUACAUGUGUACAGCCUCGGCCUAGUCUGUGUUUUUGUAACCUGUCUAAGAUGCCAUGGAGAGAGAUAGAAGUGACCACUGGGACUGGAGUAACCCCCAUAACCGCAAACUACUAGAAGAUCUAUUCUUUGAUCCUCACGGUUACAUCAAAGCUCAUUCAGAAGAAAGUAAAGAGUUUUGGCAAUUUUUUGAACGUUUCCAGAGAUUUCAAAUUCUUCAAAAACAUAACCGUAAGUUAAAUGAAGUGGAGCAUCAGGAAGGACAAAGACAUGACCUUCUGGAUCUUCCCAAGGAAUACGACCCCAGAUAUCGUAUCAACCAGACGAUUGUUCUGGGCAGAGACGUUGAAAAAGUUUUGCAAGGACAUUCGGACAAGAAAAGGAGCUCUAGAGAUUUUAAAGGCAUCCCAAAGGAUAAGCUGAAUGAAUUUAAGAAAGCCGUCCUUCACUAUCUGGACUUUUGUCAGAGGCAGAGUUUUGGGAAACUGACCAAGCUACGGAAAGAGAGGUCAAGCUUACCCAUCUUCCAGUACAGAGAAAAAAUAGUCCAGAUGGUUAGAAGUCAUCAGGUUGUGGUGGUCGCCGGAGACACUGGAUGUGGAAAGUCUACACAGGUUCCUCAGUACCUAUUGGCAGCAGGAUUCGGGCAUAUAGCUUGUACCCAGCCUCGUAGGAUUGCGUGUAUUUCAUUAGCUAAGCGUGUAGGGUUUGAGAGCCUCAACCAGUAUGGAUCAAAGGUUGGCUACCAGAUCCGCUUUGAGAGCAGUCGUUCACCGGCCACGAAAAUCGUGUUUCUAACAGAAGGUCUAUUGCUGCGUCAGAUUCAGAGAGACUCUGAGGUCCCUCAGUACCAGGUUCUCAUAGUAGAUGAAGUUCAUGAAAGACAUCUUCACAGCGAUUUCCUGCUGGGAGUUUUACGUCAGCUUCUUGCUGAACGGAAAGAUUUGAAAGUCAUUCUCAUGUCGGCCACCAUAAACAUCAAGCUCUUCUCUGGAUACUUUGACCAGGCCCCUGUACUCCAAGUCCCUGGGAGACUGUUUCCUAUACAGGUGAUCUACCAACCCAUUCCCCAGGAGGAAACCACAUCAAAGACCGAGAAGCUGGACCCCAGACCUUACCUCCGUGUCCUACAAUCCAUCGAUCACAAGUAUCCAGUGGAUGAGCGCGGAGAUCUGCUUAUUUUUCUGAGCGGGGUUACAGAAAUCAGCAGCGUGCAGGAGGCUGUACAAGUAUACGCCACCCAUACUCAGCGCUGGAUCGUUCUUCCAUUACACAGUACCCUGUCCAUUGCAGAACAAGAUAAGGUAUUUGACUUAGCUCCACCUGGUGUCCGAAAAUGUAUAAUCUCCACCAACAUUGCCGAAACCUCUGUGACUAUUGAUGGGGUCAGAUUUGUACUAGACUCAGGGAAAGUCAAAGAGAUGAGUUUUGACCCCAAAGCAAAGAUGCAGCGACUGCAGGAGUUUUGGAUUAGCCGUGCCAGUGCUGAGCAGAGAAAAGGCCGAGCUGGUAGGACAGGCCCUGGUGUGUGCUAUCGCCUGUAUGCAGAGUCAGACUAUGAUGCUUUUGCUCCGUAUCCUGUGCCGGAAAUUCAGCGUGUCGCAUUGGAUGCUUUAGUCUUACAAAUGAAGAGUAUGGGUCUAGGGGAUCCGCGCACCUUUCCUUUUAUUGAACAGCCCCCCAUGUCCAGCAUUGAGACCGCCAUUUUCUAUUUGCGAGACCAAGGUGCAUUAGAUGCCAGUGAAGAGCUCACACCCAUUGGGAAUCUCUUGGCACAGCUACCAGUGGAUGUUGUUAUUGGAAAGAUGCUCAUAUUAGGUUCGCUAUUCAGCCUGGUUGAGCCAAUCUUGACUAUUGCUGCAGCCCUCAGUGUACAGUCUCCCUUUGUCCGGAGCGCUACUAACAAUCCAGAAUGCUCCACAGCAAGAAAACCUUUAGAGAGUGACCAUGGAGACCCCUUCACGUUACUCAAUGUUUUCAAUGAGUGGAUACAGAUUAAAUCAAGUCGCUCCAGUAACUCCAGGAAGUGGUGUCGCCGGCGAGGGCUGGAGGAACAAAGAUUGUAUGAGAUGACAAAUCUCCGACGGCAAUUCAAAAGUCUUCUAAAGGACCAUGGGAUGUUAAAUGAGACAGAAACCCGAGUAGUGGACCGCCACAGCCGCCACCGGCAGCACAAGGAGCGCAAAGAACUUCAUCAGCUGAAGAGGGAACACGAUCGAUCGGAAAAACACAAAAGAAAAGUGCUCAAGCUGCACGAGGAAGAUGCCGGAUCCUCCAGUGAUGAAGAUGGAAGAUCUAGUAAAGACAAGAAGGACAGCGUAGACAUCCAGGAUGUCAAGUUUAAACUCAGGCACAAUGUCGACGAGCUGCGAGAAGUGUCCGGUGCGGGGGAGGAGUUAUCUGCAAAACAGCUGUCGCUGCUGAAACUUAUUGUGUGCCAUGGCCUGUACCCGCAGCUGGCGCUUCCUGACAACUUCAACAGCUGCCGCAAGGAUUCUGAUCAGGUUUUUCAUACAAGGACUAAGCAGGGAAUUGUCCUACACCCAACCUCAAUCUUCUCUAGUAAUCCUGAGCUGCUUCAAGUAGAAAGUGAUAGAGAAGAGGCCGCUACAACUGAUUCUAAGAACAGGGGGCGCAGCAGCAAGCACCAGAUGGUGGGUUUUGUCUCACUUCUGGAGACAAACAAGCCGUAUUUAGUGAACUGUGUGAGACUGCCAGCUCUGCAGGGUCUUCUACUGUUGGCCCGAACCUUGGAUACUAAUGCUGACUGUUGCCGCAUUGUGUGUGACGGCUGGAUAGAGCUGAAUGUGGAAGACCCUGAAGGAGCCCUUCAUCUCAUUUCUGAGGCUGUCCGCGUGCGAUUGGCUUGGGAGGAAGUACUGCGCUCCCGGCUAGAGAACACAUCUAGUAGGCGAGACCCCAAUCAGGAUGACAGUCGGAGGAGGAGACGUGACAUUGAUGAUUUAGGGCGACGACUUGUGGUCUUUGUGCGCUCAGAGGUAUUGUACAGCAUGAGGCGUCUUGCAGUAUUAGAAGCCCAGAACCUCUACGUGGGGCCUCAGACUGUUACCGACAGUCACAGCAUAAAAGGCUUGUUCAGCACCGAGGAGAUGAAGCCAGAUCCUGUGAAAGGAGGAUACGGUGUAACAAGCUUCUUGACAUAUAAUUGCUUGCGGAGUGACACAGAUUUCUACAGCGACUGUCUGCGCACGUUCUGGACCUGUCCUCGCUGCGGUCUGUACAUGCCAUUCACCCCUUUGGAACGUAUGGCCCAUCAGAACAGUUGCGCUGAAGAAGACGCUUCUCAGG